UUCUAUUGCAUUAUCCCGAAACUCCUUCGUUAUUUGUCGUCUUUCUUCGGAAUCAUCAGGCGUGUGAUUCGGUAAUUUCCGUCCCCAGUCGGCCGCUCUUGCCUCUCCUGUUCCCGUUAUCUGUGGUCUAGUCCUCCCGCAGCUCCAGUUUUUUCUCGGUUCAGCGGGUCCGUUUCGCCCAGUAACAUGCAGGCCAUCAAAUGCGUGGUGGUGGGAGAUGGUGCUGUCGGAAAAACCUGUCUCCUGAUUAGUUAUACAACCAAUGCCUUCCCAGGAGAAUAUAUUCCUACUGUGUUUGAUAACUAUUCUGCCAAUGUAAUGGUGGAUGGGAAACCAGUGAACCUGGGGCUGUGGGACACAGCUGGACAGGAAGAUUAUGACCGACUUCGACCCCUUUCCUACCCACAAACGGAUGUGUUUCUGAUAUGCUUCUCCCUGGUUAGUCCGGCUUCAUUUGAAAAUGUCAGAGCAAAGUGGUAUCCAGAAGUGCGACAUCACUGUCCUAACACACCCAUCAUUUUGGUGGGUACCAAACUGGACCUGAGAGAUGACAAAGAUACAAUUGAACGACUGAGGGACAAGAGACUAUCGCCCAUUACAUACCCACAAGGUCUGGCUAUGGCCCGAGAGAUUGGUUCUGUCAAGUAUUUAGAGUGUUCAGCUCUCACCCAACGUGGCUUAAAAACGGUGUUUGAUGAAGCAAUCCGUGCCGUAUUGUGCCCGCCGCCCGUCAAACGGCAAGGGAAGAAAUGCACUGUGUUCUGAAUAGCCAGAGACUGAAAAGUGGACCAAACUCCUGCCAUCUCUUUCCAAAGAUGUGACCCUGCCAGGAGAGGAGUGGGGAGCUGGUAGUUCGCAGAUGUUUUCUGUGGUUGUGUUUUGUGAGCAUGGGGUGGGAGGGGUGGGUGAUGCUGCAGAAUAACAGGGCCACAGCUCCUUCAGAGGACUCCAGUCUGCCCUUCUGCCGAUACAUAAGUGACCUCAUUACACGGAGGCCUGGUGCUGCAGUGAGAUGUGACACAUACAAGGAAUGUCAUAUGAACUCUUUGCAACCAACUAUACGGAGGGCUGAGGCAGGUGGUCUGCAUGUGUCCAGGUGCAUAGUUAAUCACUGCCCUGAAAAGAUUUCUAUUGCAUGGGGAACUGUCUGAUUUUCUUGUUGUGUGUUCCAGUUUAUAAAAAAAAGCUGUAAGUUCUGUAGUAAAUGUUUAGUUUUUUUUUUGUUGGAUAUUUAUCAAGCUGUGAGAAUAUACAACUCUUGUCAAUUUGUGGUUGUGACACUCUAUAACAGUAUCGGCAAGUUCAUCUAUAUGACAUUUACAGAAAUGUGUGUUCAAGAUGCUUUUUCACAAUUAUACAAGCACGCAAGUGUUUAAACAUUUGUUUUAUUGUGUAAUUUGUAGCCACAAUGGUGCUGCAGAAAUGCUUUCCUCUCCAUUACAGAAAACCUGUGAGUCAUGUUAAAUCAUGUUUCAAAUGUUCAGCUUUGUACAAAUUAAAGAAAAGUAUCAUUGGU